CGCACAGCCGGAAAUGUAGUUUUUCACAGAUGCGACUCAUCGUUGUGGCGGAGGUCAGAGGUCAUGUUUCUCCACAAUGAACCCGGUCCGCAAAUGCCUCAAACUCUGCCCGUCCAGACCUGCUUGUGCUGCCACGGCCGCCCGGGGCAGCAGACCACCACGCUCCAGUCCUCAGCUCUUCUCCCAUGAUGCUUUGCUCCUGCCACCUCCUGCUGCCCCUGCAGGGGGUGGAGCUGAGGAGGAGGGAUACCUGCUGGUGGAGGAAGACACCACCGACUCAAGCCUCAUCAUCACCAUGGAGGACAGUCAGGUGGAGGUGAAGACAGCACGGAGGAAAGCAGUGAGGAAGAGGAAGAGGAAACUGACGGAGGAGGAGGGAGAGGGCGGAGCCUCAGAGAGCGAGGAGGAGGAGGCAGGGGUCGAGGUGGAGAUUGACAGACAGCUGGACCAGUCGCUUGAGACAAAGUCCAAACAGCACAACCUGACCACAGUGAACGUCAGAAACAUCAUCCAUGAAGUCAUCACCAAUGAACACGUCGUGGCCAUGAUGAAAGCUGCCAUCAACGAGACAGAGGCCGUCCCUCCAUUUGAGCCGAAAAUGACUCGAUCCAAGUUUAAAGAAGUCGUGGAGAAAGGAGUGGUGAUUCCAGCCUGGAACAUUUCUCCCAUCAAGAAGACGAGUGAUGCCAACAAGACUCCUCAGUUUGUGGACAUCCCUCUGGCUGAGGAAGACUCCUCUGAUGAAGAGUACCGUCCGGAUGAAGAAGACGAGGAUGAGACUGCUGAAGAUACGUUCCAGGAGAGCGACAUGGAGAGCACAGCUUCGUCUCCCAGAGGGAGUCGACUGAACAGGGUGGAGGACGACAGCUGCAGCCCCUGGCAGACUUCUCGGAGACGCUCCCGGUGUCUGAGGGCGGGGUCUGGUUCAAUGGGCCCUCCCCCUCCUCCCAAAGCCCCGCCCCCUAAAGCAGUGACUGACAGCACGUUCCUGGAGAAACUUCAUGCUGUGGAGGAGGAGCUGGCUGUGUGUAUGGAGCCCUACCAGCCUCUGUCUGAGUCAGAAGAAGAAGUGGGUCUGAUGGCGUACCGGACACGGUCCAAGCGUCCUCUACGAGACGUCCCACUGGGCCGGCUGGAGGCGGAGCUCCGAGCUCCUGACAUCACUCCUGACAUGUACGACUCCAGCUCCGCCCACGAGGACAGGGAUUGGACUGAUUGGCUGCGUGGCCUGAUGACCUCAGAGAUGGACAAUGACGAGGAAUGUGAUGAUGAAGAUGACCCAGAAUAUAACUUCCUGGCUGACAUCGAUGAACCCGACCAGGAAGAUUACCGUGACGAUAAGGCUGUUCGCAUCACCAAGAAGGAGGUGAAUGAGCUGAUGGAGGAGCUGUUUGAAACGUUGAAAGAAGACCUUGCUGGACAGGAAGUGGAAGAUGAAGGCCACGAGGAAGAGGAGGAGCCUCAAGAGGAGACUUGCACUGUUCAAACAGACACACCUGAGGUGCAGCACAACAAAAGAGCAGGUGAUGACGAGGUGGAAGACGGACCAAUCACAGAGCUGCGUACAGUGAAGCAGCAGCUGGCGUUGAUGAGGAAGAAAAGGCAGCUCGGUCUGCUGACAGACACGAUCUGUAACUCAAGCAGUCCAGAGCCGUACACACUGAAACUGGACGGACGACAGAGGACCAGGCUGCAGCAGCAGCUACAACAGCACGUCCAGCUGCUGACUCAGAUUCACCUGCUGAGUUCACCUGUGGCCAAACUUCACAGUGAGGCUGAGACCACCAGACAGUUCCUGUUUGAGUUGGACUUGUUGGCUCAGAGGGGUGAGCUCCUCAUGUCUUCAGGUCGUCCUGGUUUUCGCAGCAUCUUCAGAGCGUCCAACCUGCAGGGGGCGCUGCGGCUGCUGGAAGAGCUGUGGCAGACUCCCAUCAGCUAUCAGCCACAACACCACCCACCUGAUGCCAGAGGAUACAUGCGAUGUUAUCCUGUCAUGCCCGCUGAGCUGGCCUGGCUUUUUGCCACCCGUCCAGUCUUCCUCUACCCAGAGCUGCUCCCCUGUGCCAGCCUCGACCCGGCUCUAUACUGCCCCCGCAGGACAGCUGCCUUCACUGCAGCUGAAGACUGCCUCCUGGUUCUUGGUCUGAGGAACAUGGAGGGGUCAUGUGACCCGACUAAGCUGGUGUCUCAGUUCCUCCUGAGGAAGACUCUGGUCCAGGUCCGACGAAGAAUCCUGCAGUGCUGCAGACCUGGUUUCCCGGACAACAUCGUCAAGGCCUUCAGGUAUCAGCGGGUGUUGUGGCCAAUGCUGGUGGCCUGCCGUCAUGUAGACCUAGCAGAGCAGCGCCCCCCGGUGGAGAGAGAGGAGCGCGUCAUGCCUCUGUGGUUGGUGAGGAGUCUCCCUGUCAUCUACCCGACCAUCAAACACUACAACAGCCCACCUGGCUCCGCCCCAGAGGCCCCACCCCCCUGCAGGUCGGGUGGAGCCCGUCAGAGUCACCUGACCUUCCUUCGCUCUGCCUCUGAAACAUACAGCUUCGCCCCCGGGACCAGAUACCCCCCUCGCCUCCCCCAAAACCUCGACUUCAAACGCAUUGGCUUUCUGCUGCAGCAGCAGCCCCUCCCCCCUCCUCCCACUGACCCCUCCCCCCUGUCUGACGGACAGGUGGACUCCUCCCCCCUGUCUGACGGACAGGUGGACUCCUCCCCCCUGUCUGACGGACAGGCGGACUCAUCCCCCCCACCGCCUCCUCUCAAACCCUGCUGCCAUCGAGCCUUCAGUCCUCCUCGAGUCCUCCAUCGCCUCCUCCUGUCCAGGACUGAUACCCCCACAGACAUCCCCACUACCUCCUCCAUCUCCAUGACAAUCAGAGAGCAAAUCAGAUGUCACUAUCAGACCCUCACCAGCCUGAGGAGGAGGAGUGAUGAAGAGGCUCUAGCUCCUCCUCCUGAAGGUGUUGCUGCCUCUCAGGUGAAGGUACUGGAGAGCAAUGAUGUCAUCAGGAUGACCAACGAGGAGGAAGAAGAAGAGGAAGAGGAGGAGGAGGAGGAGGAGAGCGAGGUCCUCCUGGCUCUAUCUGAGUCCUCACCCAGCUCAACAGGAAGUGUCACCCCUGACGACGACUUGGCUGACCCAGAGGAGGCGGAGUCAGAGAGUGAACAGGAAGUGACAGCACGCGGAGCAGCAGCAGAAGAAGAAGGUGAUGUUGGAGAGACUUCUUCAUGUGAAUCCAGUCCGUCCUUCCUCCAGCUGCAGGAAAUGAUGUCAUCAGAGGGGAGUGAGGAGGAGGAUGAAGACGAUGAUGAAGAUGAUCAGAGGGAGGCUGAGGAUGAGCUGUUUGCUCAGGAUUAUCUCCUCAGAGUGUGUGAUGCAGUGCAGGUGUCUCCGGGCCUCUCUGAGCAGCUGCUGCAGGUGUUGGACCAGUUCUCGGCGGCGGGGCCCUCAGGGGCCCCGGAGGUCCUGUACAUCAGACUGAGCUGCGUGCUGCGGCCUUGGCCUCAGCUGCUCAGAGACUUCGCGGCCUUCCUGAACCGAGGGCAGGCCCGCCGCUGUGGACUGCUAUCGGAGCAGCAGCUGUUUGAACGCAGUCGCCGGUUUCUACGACGAAUGAGGCGGAGCCUGGGAGAAGGCUCCACCCUCUACCAGCAGGUGGUGUCAGUGCUGCAGGGAAGCGCCACCCCCCCACCUGAGGACAUGGACAAGAUCUCAUCUCUCCUCAAACGCCACCCGCACCUGCGGGACGAAUUCCGAGAGUUUUUCCAGCAGCUUCAUGUCCAGUCGUCACCCAUAGCAACCAGCCGUGAGACCACAGAGACCAACUGCAUGUCCCAGAAUCCUCCUGACGGGAACAGGAAGAGAGUCGACCGUCAGACGUCCGAAGAGAGCCAGACAGGAAGCGACAGAGAGGAAGAGGAGGAGUCAGAGCGACCGGUUUGUGCUAAAAACAUCUCGACGACGUCGACCGGAGAGAAAGUCGUCAUCUGGACGCGUGAGGCGGACCGCGCCAUCCUGACAGCCUGUCAGCAGAGAGGAGCCAAUCGGAAAACAUUCAGACAUGUCUCCGCCCAGCUGGGAAACAAGACGGCCAAACAGGUGAGAGGGGGUGGAGCUUCAGUGUUGAGGUGCAGGCGCUCCGUCAGGACGUCACUCUUUGUCUGUAAAUAUUCCUGUUUUCUCCAGGUGAGCCUUCGUUUCCACGCGCUGAUGAAUCUCUUCCAUUCGGCCUUCCAAAAGUCCACUUCCUGCUCCUCGGAGGGCCGGCAAAUCAGCACGCAGGAAGCAGCUCUGCACUGAGGGCGGAGUCAAAGAGCAAAGUUCAGAGCAGAGACUCUGCUCUCUAGACUCCGGCUGUUCUAGACUCCGGCUGUUCUGGACUCCAGCUGUUCUGGACUCCAGCUGUUCUAGACUCUGGCUGUUCUCGACUCCAGCAGCUGCGGCCUGAAUGUGCUGAGAAUAAUCCUGGAGCAAAGGUCAAAGCAAACUGUAGAGACUGAAAUAAUGUGAAUCACUCUCAACUGCUCUGGAUUCAUUCAGGACGUUCUACUGGUUCCAGUUCUAUGCUUCAUCCUGAAUGUGUUUCAGAAGAUUCAGGAUCAGGUUUGGGGUGAGUUGAACUGAAUUCAGAGCAAAGACUCCGGAACAUGAUCAUUUCUGUGAUAGUUGCAGUCACUGGAUGUGACUCUUGAAUGUGUUGACGAUGAAUCCAGAACUCGAUCCGCCACAGGAUCCGUAUCAUUGAUCUGAAGUUGAACUGGAUCGAGUCUGUGGAGGAAUCCUGGAUUUGUUGUGAAUCACUGUGACGCUCUCUUCGGUUCAGUCCAUACUCGGUCAGUAUUUGUUUGUGACCAAUCCGCUGCUCUCAGUCCUCUUUAUUUAUAUUUAAUGAUUUUUUUAUUUUGAAUGGAUCUCCUCUGACCUCACUGAGUCUCCGCCCACUGAGUGUUGGAGGCGGAGCCUCAGUGAGUCACAGCAAAGUCAGAAACGAGACGGAUUCACUGAAACGACCCAAACAAAAGAAGUGAAGUCUUGAAUCUGUAAAAAGCUGCGUUUUCUGUCUCCUUCUUUUCACGUGUUUACAGCUGCUGAGCAACAAAACCAGUAAGAACCAGUAUACACCGCUACUGGUCUCUGCUACCUGUCCACACUGUUUCACUCAGAAAAAUCUAUAUUUUAAUGCACAGAUUGAGAAUUUAAAGCAUCUGAUUCACAAGAACAGAGUUUAAAACUUUCAAACUUCUUUAAAACUGCACUGAUUGGACAGAAUUGUUUUUCUUUCUGCAGCUCUGAAACGGUGUGAGUAUUUCUCAGAUGUUUAGUCUUCCCAUGAUGCACAGCGGUUAAACCACCCCUUCAAUCCCAUGAUGCCUAGCAGCCUUAUGUAUGUAAUGUGAAGGUUGUACCAACGCUGUGUGAAGGUUUUAUAGAAAGCGUAUGUUUAUUCAUAUUGAAUCUGAAUGAAUGAAAGUUGAUUGUUUACUUCAAUAAAAUAUUAUUACAUGUU